AUAUGGGAAAAACAUGUGGACUUCUCUUUGGUAAGGUGGCUUUGCAAAUUGCGUCGGAAGGUCGAACGUAAUCAAAGUUGUAUCCGUUCGUCGUUAACAACGAGGUGGAAGGUAAAGAAAUCAUCGAUCGCUCCCCAAAACCCAAUAACUGCUCUUCUCCUCCUCCUGAAAUCCCCAUAAGUCGAUUCUUACUUCGGAACCCUAAAAAUUCAAUCAUUUUUAUCGUAUAAUGGAGUGUGCUUCGAAGAUUUCACCAUAUGCGAGCUUAUCUGUUCCUCUUCCGUCUUCCGUACAUCUUCAUGGGAAAUCCAUUUGUUUUGCUGAUAAACCAACACGCCGUUUCUUUCUCAAGAUGAAAGCUACCUCAGACAAUGGUGCAGCUCAUCCCUCUCCUUCGCAGAUUUCUUCAUCGAAUGCAGUAGGGAAUAUGCACAGAAGAUUAAGCAGUCUUGAGUCCCUUUUCUGUUAUGAUAAAUCUGUUCCAGAGGAGAUAAUUGAGAAACCAGUUGGGUUGUCAGUAGAUGAAAAGAAGAUUGGGAAUAAAAGGCGUUGUGAUGGUUGUGAAGCCAAGGGUGCUGUUCUUUGUGCCACUUGCACUGGAUCUGGACUAUAUGUUGACUCUAUAAUGGAGAGUCAGGGCAUCAUUGUCAAAGUUCGAUGCCUAGGUUGUGGAGGAACCGGUAACAUCAUGUGUUCUGAAUGUGGUGGCCGUGGGCAUCGUGGUGUCUCCUAAAGACAUUUGGAAGCAACCAUAAUUUGAUUUUGUAAUUUCUUGUAACUUUGCUUUUUUUUUUUUUCAAUUUUGAAUUUUAAGAUAUCAUACAUUUAACAUUUUGAUUUAUAGCCUAAAGUUGUUUCUCAUAGUAAUGGUUUUUCUA